GACGAGUUCGGUAAAACUGGAAUUACUAAUUAUCAUGAAGGAGCCGGCAUCAAUUAUUUGUUUUUAACUGGUUCAGAUUCCCCAGUCUACACUUAUAAUUCGUGCUCCAGUCAAAUUUACGUCCCAUUUGAAGAAAAUUACAAGCAGUUUUUCAACGCAAAUUCAAAGGGCGGAAUUGUCCAGUUAACUGUUGGCGGUCCUGGUGGUAAGAUUGACGUUAAUGAAGAUGAAUACCUUACCCUUGACGGAGACGCUCACGGCUGGGUGGCUUGCAAAAAUACCGGCGACCCCUACAAUUAUUCGCGAGACUUAUAUCAGUUGGCUUAC